AUGGCCGAUCAGAAACAGCAUUCCUCGUCAGCCAUGACACAUAACUCUGGCGAAACAUCGCCCAAGCCUAUCCCUGAACUGUCUACCUACGUGACCACCGACCCGCAAGAAGUCACCGAUGCGCAUCGACUGGUCGCAGACUCGGUGGCGCAACAGCGGCAACUCGCUGCCCGCGCGAUCAUCUUCCAUCCUGUUUGGCUGGGCGCCAUGCUGGCGGUGAUUGCCGUGAUCUAUAAGAUCAUGUAUCAUGAGCGGUCGGAUUUGGCCCUGGUCGGAACCACGGGCGCAGGCUGUGUCAUGGCAGGGUUGAUGGUCGUGCGUGUGUGCACGGGCGGCUACAUCGAUCAUGCCGAGCGGGUGGGCACGAGAGCAUGGCUGGAGGGUACUGACGAGCAUCAAGACGCGAAAGCACAGCAAAGUGAGCAGAAGAUCAUUGUGACCAAGUUUGGCGAGACGAUCAUUGGAGCCUUGAUUGUCAAGAAAGUCCGUGAUGGUCGCAAUGUUCGCGGCGUCAUCCGUGGAUGGACCGUCUUGCAGAGGUAUCGGGGCAAGGGAGUUGGAAAGGGCUUGUUGGAGGAAGCCGUCCAACUUUGUCAGAGGAAUGGGUGGAAAAACCUCGAAUUCGAUGCUGAACACGCCAAUGCGAAGAGAAUCCUACCAGCGAUUUUCGACGGCCCUUUUGAGAAGCGCGAAAUGCGAGCACGCCGAGCCUUGGAGAAGUCUCAGCGAAGGAAGUGA